AUGACAUUUUCCCACAGCAAAGGACAACUGUUUAUCUAUUAUAAUCACACAAAAAAAACAAUUCACACUCAUGAAAAUAUUGUUUUUCAAACAAAAGAGUGCCUCACGGACUUUGUAUUCAUCAUUACGAUAUAUCACCAUUCUCUGCCUAUGUUCAAAAGAAACCAUUUCCAGGAAGAACUAGCUAUUGUUGAAAUUGGGCGUUAUUGGCUUUGUGCAAAUAAAUCCCAUCUGUGUGAUUGCUAUCUAUUUGAAGCCUACUGUUCCUAUUCUUACACGGCCACAUUGCGGCGAAGGUCACGCCCUGAUCCUGAAACUAUUCAACAGUUAAAAGAAUUCAAUCCCAAUGAAAAGGCGCAAUGCGUCGCUGCGGCCACGUUGAAUUGA